AAAAAAUACACUCUUUACCUUUCUUUAAACUCUCUCUUCCUCUCUGAAUCUUUGAGUCUUCUUUAAAGAAACGAUGGAGCUUGAUCUUACACCGAAGCAGCCUAAGCAAGUGUACGGAGGAGAUGGAGGAUCAUACUUCGCGUGGUGCCCAGAGGAGUUGCCGAUGCUUAAAGACGGUAACAUCGGAGCAGCAAAGCUUGCUCUUAAGCAACAUGGUUUCGCUGUUCCUCGUUACUCUGACUCUCCUAAGGUUGCCUAUGUUCUUCAAGGAUCUGGAACUGCUGGGAUUGUACUACCUGAGAAGGAGGAGAAGGUGAUUGCUAUCAAAGAAGGUGACUCUAUUGCUAUUCCUUUUGGUGUGGUUACAUGGUGGUUCAACAGUGAGGAGAAAGAUCUUGUUAUUCUCUUCCUUGGUGAAACCCACAAGGCUCACAAGAGAGGAGAGUUCACUGACUUUUACCUAACCGGUUCAAACGGAAUCUUUACCGGUUUCUCUGAGGAGUUUGUUGGCAGAGCGUGGGAUUUGGAUGAGGGGACUGUGAAGAAGCUUGUGGGUUCUCAAACCGGUAAAGGGAUUGUGAAGCUUGACGCUGGUUUCAAGAUGCCACAGCCCAAGAAAGAGGACCGUGAAGGGUUUGUUUUGAACUGUUUGGAAGCUCCUCUUGAUGUUGACAUUAAGGACGGUGGGAGAGUUGUUGUUUUGAACACUAAGAACCUUCCUUUGGUUGGGGAGGUUGGGUUUGGUGCUGAUCUUGUUAGAAUUGAUGCACAUUCGAUGUGUUCUCCUGGUUUCUCUUGUGACUCUGCUCUUCAGGUGACUUACAUCGUUGCUGGGAGUGGGAGAGUCCAGGUUGUUGGUGCUGAUGGGAAAAGAGUUCUUGAGACUCACAUCAAGGCUGGUUCUCUGUUUAUUGUUCCGAGGUUCUUUGUGGUUUCGAAGAUUGCUGAUCCUGAGGGCAUGUCUUGGUUCUCCAUUGUGACUACUCCAGAUCCGAUCUUCACGCAUUUGGCUGGGAGGACAUCGGUUUGGAAAGCAUUGUCUCCAGAGGUUUUGCAGGCGGCGUUUAAGGUUGAUCCGGAGGUGGAGAAGUCUUUCCGUUCAAAGAGAACUUCGGACGCCAUUUUCUUCCCUCCUUCCAAGUGAAGAAGGUGGAGAGAGGAGAACAAGAACCAGCUUUGUCAUUAAUCCUUGUUUUUUCUUUCUGUUUCUCUCUUGCUUGUGAUCCAAGGAAGUAUCACUUUUAGGGUUUGCUUGUCUUUCUGUGUUUUAUCCUGGACCGGUUCUUGUUCUCUUUGUUGAUCUUCAGGCUUUGUUAUUGAAAUAAAACAGUACUAUUUUUUAUCAA